GACAGCUCUAACUCGUAGGUUGGUUCAUCCAUCUGUCUCCACAGCGUGACUAGCUCGUCACAUCCUCAAUAUUUAUCAUUUUGCGAUGACUUGACUUCCCAUUUUCUGCCGUCUAGAUCACGCCUUAACAAUACAGAAAAUUCACCACAAUUCUCUGCCUAUAAUACAAUUCAUAACCUCGUAGCUUUUCUCAGUCACAAACAACUCAAUCAGUUUAAAUGGCAUCCCAUUUUCUCGCCUCCCUCCUCCUUCUCUCCCUCCUCACCUCUGCCUCCGCCGCCGGAAUCGCCACCUAUUGGGGCCAGCGCGGCGAUGAGGGUUCCCUCACCGACGCAUGCAACUCCGGCCUCUACCAAUACGUCAACAUCGCCUUCCUAAGCACCUUCGGCGGCGGUAGAAUCCCCAAACUCAACCUCGGCGGCCACUGCAACACCGACUUUGGUACGUGCACGGGCUUAAGUGCCGAGAUCCGCACGUGCCAAGCCCUUGGCAUCAAGGUGCUCCUCUCCCUUGGCGGCGCCACCACCGACACUUACUCCCUCUCCUCCCCCGACGACGCGGCGCAGGUCGCCGCCUAUCUAUGGGACAACUACCUCGGCGGCAGCUCCGCCACCAGGCCAUUGGGCGACGCCGUCCUCGACGGCAUCGACUUCGACAUCGAGAAGGGCACGAACCAGCCCUGGGAUGAGCUGGCCAAAGCCCUCUCACAGAGGAAGGUGAUCCUUUCUGCUGCGCCGCAGUGCCCGAUUCCCGAUGCGAACCUGGGUCCGGCCAUCGAGACGGGGCUUUUCGAUUACGUUUGGGUGCAGUUUUACAACAAUCCGCAGUGUGAUUACAGCGGUGGACUUGACGGAGUUCUUGACAGCUGGAACAAGUGGGUGGCGGCGGUGCCCAGGGGCCAGGUGUUUAUCGGAGUGCCAGCGACGGCCGAUGCGGCGACAAGCGGACACAUUCCACCAGAGGUGAUGAAAUCGCAGGUGUUGCCGGCGAUCAAGAAUGCGGGAAAUUAUGGAGGGGUGAUGGUGUGGAAUAAGUUCUAUGAUACGGGAUUUAGUGCAGCCAUUUCGCCCAAUCUCUGAAAACUUCCUUUAUCUUUAUGAUUUGGUUAAGGGUUUAUUGUUUUUGGUUAAGGGUUAUAUACUCAAUUUGACCGCGAUUUUAUAGGCAAUUAACCCUUAAAUAAAAGUGCAAGCUGCAUUUUAUUCA